CCUCACUCUUUGCGUCCUUCUACCCAAUACGGCUGGUCCGCGCUUGCUAACAUCGUCUCAGCACCAUCCCAUCGCCCUCGAAUAACACGAUAAGCCUACUGGAAGAGAUUUCUCGACGGCGGCAUUGACGUGGAGGGUGGCGCGGGAGGGCUUGGUGUUGUUCACAACUACGAAUCCCACACGCAGCUCUAUGAGCUUAUCGAAGAUGGGGGAGAUGUUGAGGCGUGCAAGCUGCUCUGGCGGCUGCUUCUCCCCCGAUGACAACAAGCGCGUGUAUCUGGCCAGCUACUUCAAUGCCCACAUGCUCUCCAAGCCAUCAUGGAGAUACAUGUACCUGCUGUGGUUCAUCAUUGCUGCUUUCGCCAUCUUCGGAGCAGCACUGCAUCACUUGCACCUAAGCAAACGCACCCCAUACUUGGCAGCAUUAUGGCAAAAGGUCGGCGUGAGGAAUCGAGUCAUCAAGAUUGGCGAGAAGGAGGCGUCGUCGAGGCCCCGGCCUGUGGCGGAGAAAGUUACGCAGAAUGCAGCCGCUCGAAUGCUAGGGUGGCCAGCUCCGGAGCCUAGCCAACAGAUGCGGCCACCCUCCAGAAGAAGGAUGAUCAUCUUGCCCUCUGUUGCGAGAUGCCUCUUCCUGUGUGCUUUGCUCCUCAUCCCUAUUCUUCUGACCAUCAUUGGCGCCGACUACAUCAGACCAACGGCUGGCAUAUUCGACAUGUCCGCCUCUUUCCCUAACAUCACAGAUCCGGGAACGCCACUUUUCGCCCGAAGUAAGGGUGCUCUCGAUGGGAUCCCAGAAGCAUCACAAGGGCCAUACCGCCGACAUCUCUCUUGGGGCAUUGGUUCCUUUCAGAACAUCGGAACUGCCCCCGCCACAGUCACACUACCAUAUCGGACUUGGUGGACAGCGGGUGGUCGGACUGGCAUCAUGACAAAUGCCCUUACGCCACUCAUUGUCGUCGUCGCUCUAAAAGCUCAGCCUUUCGCUAUCUUCAGCACUCGCUUGCUGGGCGGGCUUUCCUUCGACAGGCUCUCGUUCGUACACAAGUGGGGUGGAAGAAUUGUCUGGCUCUUCGCUGCUGUGCACGUAGCUACUUGGAGUGUACAGCUGAAGCUCGACUACGCUUUUGGUGGAGAUAUGUGGGCGUUCGUCUUUCUAUGGAAUCGUUUCAGAUGGGGCUUUGUGUCAUUUGGCUUCUUGACUCUACUCACCUUGUUGAGUCUGGGGCCCCUGCGUCGAGACUAUUACGAAGUUUUCUACGUGUGCCAUAUUGUAUGCGCAGCUGGCACGAUGAUCGCUGCAGCUCUUCAUCACCCUCCACUUGGGGCUUGGAUGUGGGCAGCGCUGGCCUGGUGGCUGGCGGAGCGCGCAUAUAGAGCCUUGAAGACCGCUUGGACAAAUGGGCUGGGCUUCAGUGGCAGAAAGCCGAGGCCUCUGCAAGCGGACCGCAUGCCGACGACGCCUACUUCCGCUGGGUGGCCGCAAUCGCCCUUCCCCACUGGCGAUAAACCACACGAGGAGAAGAGCUGGCAUAUUGGCGGCCAGCCGGCUACACAGCGCCAACAGUUCAGCUCGCUGGGUAGCCUUUGGGGUUAUGAGUCUGACUCGUCCGCCAACAAAAUCGAUUCGUACUCCCGAUCGAUUGCCCCGAGGUCGGAGGGCUCUACUACUGAUGGGCAUGGACAUCGAGUUCGCCACAACGGGUCUGCCGGCAUCGAUCCCCGUCGUCGGUUCUCAGCAGCCACCGUUUCGACUUUCGUGGGUAGCGAGGCACCAGGAAAGCCAAUCGGUGACCGCAAUGGCAGCUCGAGUAGCGAGGCUUCUGGAUAUGGGCAUGGGCAUUGGAAUGAAACCAAUCGCGGCAGUCGGGGCGUAAUCACGGAGUAUCUUCCAACUCAGCUCAAGCGUCAGACGCCUGACAGCGCGCAGUACGACCCAGUGUCAGACGUCGUUGAUGACUACUCCGAUGCUGACACUGACGCCUCACGCCGUCAGACGCUGCAAGGGGACGUGACGCCGAAAGAACGAGGGGUGCAACUGUCGGAUGGUCACCUCGUCAACCAGCACUAUCGCCCUCCGUUCGCACCACGCAACGCACGUCCUCUGAGCAGUGCUGACAUGUACAAGCAGGAAGGGAUAGACCCGCCUGCGAACGUCGAGAACGUCGCGAACGCAAGGCAAGGUCCUGCCGCGCAGUGGAGCGCGACUCCAAUGCAAGCUUCCCACUCGCACUUCUCUCACGACUCUCGCGGCGCCGCUGCGCAGGCCACUCACCCAAACCCCGCAUCACGUCCACUCUUGAAGCGAUCAGCAAGGCCAGCGAUCGCCGCUGACGUAGCUGCAGUGAUCAAGCCAGGCUUCGCUUUUGCUCAGCUGCUGCCAGGAAAGACUGUCCGAAUGACCUUGCGAACACCGAACAGAAUGUGGUGGAGGCCGGGACAAUACGUCAAUCUUAAUGUGCCGGGUGUGCGAUGGUGGGAAAGUCAUCCUUUCACCAUUGCUUCAGCGUAUGACGCAGGUGCAGGCGCUGGUCUAACUCACGCGCCUGGCGAAGAGCGGACAAUCGUGCUGCUGUUACGAGCGCGGCACGGCUUCACACGACACUUGUGGGAUCACGUUUGCGCGCAGAGAGAAGCGCAGCUCAUCGAGGCCGGUGCUGCCGCUCACAAAGCGACCGCUGGAGUACACAUCCGCGCGCUCGUAGAUGGUCCCUACGGCUCUUCUGCUAGAGUCAACUGGGAGGAAAAUGGCACUGUGCUCAUCAUCUGCGGAGGCAGCGGCGUCUCGUUCGGCAUGUCCGUUCUGGAGCAUCUCUGCGCCAGAAUGGCGAGCGCUGGAACUUCCAAGGAUAGCAUGCCACUGACUAGAGUACGCUUCGUGUGGAUGCUACGCGAGUUCAGUCAUCUGCAGUGGAUUGCCUCCGCGCUCAGAAGGUGCAUCGAGCUUGUGGAUCCAGCUUAUUUGCGCAUCGACCUCUACGUCACCCAUCUUAACAACCUCGAGACGCCCUCCACCAGGCGACCCGCAGCAAGAGGUCCGACUGCUGGCAUCCUCGGUGACGGCAGUGCUUACGGUACACAGUCGGACGUCCGUCAUCGGAUGAAUAACGGAAGCGCUUCGGCUUAUGGUGAUGGCAUGCCAGAUGCUCCUGGAUACAAUCGAUUCACCGAAGCCUCUGCAGGUCAAGGGGAGGAGUACGACGUGUCUGCCUACGACUUGACGCAAUUUGACGGCGAGGAUUUCAGCGCGCCCUCUGCUACAGAGGUUCGGCUCAACGAGCGUCUGCACAAGGAAGGCAAGUUGCGACGAGCCAAUACCAGGAAGCAGUCUGUGCGCAAAGCUGGACGAAAAGCCAAGCAGAGUCCCGACGUCUGGGCUGCUGAUAUCACUGAAAAUAGCCAAAGAGCGCUGUAUGGCCAGGACAGCGAGACUGAAGAUUCGAAGCCCGCAGUUCAGGAACGGCGCCAACCCGAAUCGACUCCAAGCAGUCAUCACCUCCUACCGCAUGGACCCUCGUAUAUGACGAGUGGCGACGGAAAGCUUACGCCCGGCACGCUCACUCCAUCUGGCGCACUCACGCCUUCAGCACCUCCAUCCCCCAAUCUCUUCCCUCAAAGUCGACCUGGCCUGAGCUCUUAUCGAAGCAGCAUGCUGGUCACGCCCAUGGCGAGCACCACAAAUCUCAUCGCCACUGCGCAGGGCCCUGCCGGUGGCGCAGGUGUGGAUUUGGAGCACGGCAUGGUGCCGCCCGGCACUGCUAGCUUCGACGCGCCGAUCGACCUGGACCCUCUCGAGGACGCUGACAUGAGGGCGGUAGCCGAAUUAGCGCGACCAGGUCACCCUCGCCUAGAUGCGAUUGUCCGCGAGGAGUCCGAGAAACUCGUCUCAGCGCGAGGCACGGGCUACGGAAGUCAAUCACGAAGCGUCCAGAGCCUUUUGGUGACCAGCUGCGGACCUGGAAGUCUUUCUAGUCUUCUGCGCUCCAUCGUGUCGAGGCAGAUCGAUCCGAGUGGCAUUCGAGGCGGGACAGCACCCUACAUCGAUCUUGUCACCGAGAGCUACGAGUGGGGCGGCUCAUGAUGCCGGUCGCUCCGUCUGCUCUCGUUGUCCCUCGCCGUAUCCGAUUGCAUUUGUAACUUUCAUCUUUCGCUCUACAUCACCCUGCUUUGGAA